AUGCGCUGGCGACCCGUUACACCCUUGGCCUUUCCGCACGCCCUUAGUAAGGAUGACUGGGUGAAUGACUACUUCCUCCCAAAAGGAGCCACCGUCUCUCUUAACUUUGAGGGCCGGCAUAAGCUGGCAUUUGACUAUGCCGCUUCUUCCGAGUACAUGCAGCGUGAUCAUUAUGUCUACGGUGCCGGACGACGUCUGUGUCCAGGAAUCCAUCUGUCCGAACGUAGCAUGUUCCUUGGUGCUGCAAGGCUUCUUUGGGCAUUCAAUUUCGAGCCGGCGCAGGAUGAAAAGGGCAAUCCCAUCCCCAUGGACACAGACCCGACCACCGGCUACACCGAAGGUUUCCUUGUCUGCCCGCAACUACAUAAACGCAUUGUUGCGCCGCGACUAGCUACUCAUACAGAUACAGUUCUUAGAGAAUUUGCCCGGGCCGAAUCCGACGUUCUCUCUCAAUAUGCGACUCCAUAG